AUGCAUUCAGAUUUGUAUAGUUUCAAGGCUGCAACAAAUAAACUUGAUAGUAAAAUCUCAAUAGCUGGAUUUGAUAAAACUUACAUAUACAAAUCUCCAAAUACUAAAUAUCAGCAGUUUACUAAUGCAUUUGUAUACCAUUUUAUAGUAGAAAAUGAAAAUUUGAUCCCAAGUCGAUUAUAUAUAUGUGACACUGCUGCGAAGGAGUCUACUGUUUUAUCUCAAAAAACAAACAUUCCAAAAAUUACAAUCAGUAGUUCUCAUGCUGUGACAGCAAUUCUUACAGAAAAAGAAAUUUGGAAUAAUGCACUAGCACAAAAAUGGGCAGCUUGUUCUAUAGAGGCUGCUGAAACAAAAAUCAAAGAGCUAGAACAAUCCAAAUGUCAUUCUAAAAAAGUUAAAGCAUUAGAAAAACAACAAGAGGUAGUUUGGUAUAACAAAUAUGGUAGACCAUCAUAUUUACUUCAGAACUCAGACUUACUAGAACAUAUUCAUAAUUCAAUCGAAUAUGGAUCAGCAAAUACACAAAGAUGUAAAGAAGCAAUUAAAGUAGCUGUAGCUGAAGUUUCAUGUGAUGAAAUAAAGUACCAUUCUGAUGGCUACUAUUGUCUUGCUUCUGUAAAGAGUAUAAGACAAUUUGUACAAACCUUUGCUGAUCUUUCUGUAAUCAUCUCACAAGAUGAUAAGAUGAAAAUAGGUUUAGGAAUAGCUGCUGUUGGUAGAACGUUUCAUAUCUUACAAUCUUCCUCUCAACCAGUCCAAUUACCUGAUCAUGAUUUCGUACAUGAAAGUAGCCAAAAACUAAUUCCUUCAUUAAUCGGCACAUCAUCUAUUACCCAUAUGAAGGAUCUUUUUAGUCUUGUGUUGGAUAAUCAAUAUUCUGAAAUAUUAAAAAUAAACAGUGAAAUAAAACUGAUUUGGGUGUUAUUAGUUGAUAGGCAGUCAAAGUAUAAUUCAGUCAAAAGAGGAAUGGCUACACUUUCUG